AGCUUCUGAUUGCGCGUGUAUUCCCAGUUGGAUCGGGGAGGAUGUUGCCCCAUGUCUCUCUCAUCAUCUCCACUCUGUGAUUUUUCUUCUUAGAGAUGUGGCGCAGGUUGUGCCAUCCUCAUAUAUUUGCAGCGCAGUAAACUUUACAGGAUAAUGAGUCCGAUUUGAUUGAAAGUGCCAAAAGAGACCGAGAAGUUAAUUCACUGAAAAUGUCCACGACGCACCUGAGCUCCCCGGCGCCCAACCAGAGCUACCUUUCCACGGCCACUUACGAGAGGACGGAGCCCUCGGAGGUGGAGAGGCGAGUCCGCCUGCUGCUCUUCUGCCUGUGCGUAAUCAUCGCAGCUGCUACGUUUCUCGGAGGAGUAUACUCGCUGCUCACUCUCCUCCGGAUGAGGAGGAAGACCUCCCUGUGUCUCAUCGUGGCUUCCAUGUCGGUGGACGACCUGCUGAGCGUGGUCCCGCUGUCCCUGUUCAUGCUGCUCCAGUGGGAGGCGGAUGGAGGCUCCGGCAGCCUGUGCACUUUAUCUGGACUUCUGUACGUGUUCCAGGGUGUUUCUAGCAAUAUGAAGGCUUGCCUCAUAGCAGCCUACACUUUUUAUGUCACCAAGCGGUUCGGAGUGCUCCAGUCCGUCCGCCGGCCGCUGAGGGUGAUGUGGUCCAUCGCCGCGGUGUGGGCGGUCAGCCUCGCCGUCAGCGUGCUGCCUCUGUGCGGAUGGGGCAGCUUUACGCCGGCCUCUCUCGGGUGUUUCCCAGAGAGCGAAAGUUUCUACACCCUGCUGCUUUUCUCUUUAUAUUCCAUGUGUUUCUGCGGCUUGUUGUUCUUCUUCAUCCCCCUCACCUAUCAGCUGCUGUGCUCCAGAGAGUCCCAGAGGACUUUACUGUACCCGAGCUACCUGGACAUGGCGAGGGGGCUGAGCGGCUCCGCGCCCCUCUGUGACCGGCCUUCCUUCUCCCGGGACAGCCUGAACAAAAGUUUCGGUGCCUACAACGAACUGAGCCCGAGUUCAUGCGGGACGGAGCUGAGGGAGAAGGAGGACAGCGGGCUGUCCCCAGAGUGUCCCCAGAGGACAGCAGCUGUCGGGGACACACCUGUGGUGUUUGCACAGAAGCGCUUCUCCAUGAUCCUGGCUGUGGUCCGAGUGAUUUUAUGGAUGCCAAUGAUGACUUUGGUGCUGGUGCGCCACGCCGUGAAUGCACGCAGCUCCUCCCUGGAGACGCUGAGCUUCUUCCUCACUCUGCUUGCCCCCGCGGUCACCCCAUUAUUCGUGCUGUCUGAGCGAUGGAUCCACAUGCCAUGCGGCUGCUUCAUUAACUGCAAACGGGAUCCAACACAGGAACCCUCAGUGAUGAAAAGAAGAUUUGAGUUCAACCUUUCAUUCCAACAAGGCUACGGAGUGUACAAGCUGUCCCACGCCACCAUGUCUCCUAGCAGUCCACCUCUGGAGAAGCCUGCCUAUCACAGCCUCUUUAACUGUGACUUCUCCAACACCCGCCUCGAUGCUUUAGAGAGUGGAGGGCUUGCCGGCCUGGGGCCUGAUUUUGAUUUCAGCACCACCUGCCCUGUGGACAGCUCCUCUCAUGCAGAGCUUCCGUUGGAAGCGGUGGCCGGUGGAGGAGAGGCUGAUUGUCCUUUACUUCCUCAUGAGAACCACGAAGACGAUGACGGCUUCCGCUGCGUGCCCUCGCUGCCUCCUCAUCAUCGAGAACAGGAUCACAAUCUCACCGACACGUCAUCUGUGUUCGAGGGCCCGGAGAGGAGGCUGUCGCACGAGGAGUGCCGGAAAAUCGAGCUGACAGACUGGGAGUGGUGCAGGAGUAAAUCAGAGAGGACACCCAGACAGCGGUCUUCAGGCGGUCUCUCCAUCCCCUUGUGUGCCUUUCAGGGCACUGUGUCUCUGCAAGCCCCCACAGGGAAGACCCUCUCUCUCUCUACCUACGAGGUCAGCAGCGACGGACUCAAAAUCUCCCCCAACAAUGCCAAGAAGGUGGAGGUGUAUCGCUCCAAGUCCGUGGGCCAUGAGCCGAGUGCAGACGACCCGGCAGGAGGUCCGGCCGGAGACGGGAACGUCGGCGGCAUCGGGAUGGGCAUGGAGAUCGGGAUGGGGAUGGGCAUAGGAGGCGGCGUGGGAGACACCAACGUCAAGAUCCACCUUGAGGUCCUGGAGAUCUGUGACAACGAGGAGGCCAUGGACAGCGUGUCCAUCAUCUCCAACAUCAGCCAGUCCUCCACCCACGCCCGCUCCCCCUCGCUGCGCUACUCACGCAGGGAGAACCGCUUCGUCUCCUGCGACCUGGGGGAGACCGCCUCCUACUCGCUGCUCAUCCCCAGCAGUGGCAACCCCGAGGCAGAGACCAUCAACAUCACCAUACCUGACACUGUGGAGGCUCACCGGCAGAACAGCCGGCGGCAGACGCAGGAGAGCUCCGGCUACCGGGAGGAGAUCCAGCUGCUCAAUGAGGCCUACAGAAAGCAAACCGGCCAGAGGGAGGAGUAA